AAAGGGCUAAAACAGAUGGACAAACAGAAGCAAGCCAAGACCAAUAGCUGCUGUUCUCAGGAGGUGAGCAGCAUUGAAUGGGAGUUCAUAAACAUGUCUGAACAAGAAGAAGAUCUCAUUUAUAGAAUGUAUAAACUCGUCGGAGACAAGUGGGGGUUGAUUGCCGGAAGGAUCCCCGGUCGGAAAGCCGAAGAAAUAGAAAGGUUUUGGAUAAUGAGACAUGGAGAAGUGUUUGCAAAGAGGCGAAGAGAGCUGAAGAAUUCUUCUUCCUCUUCUUGA